CACAAUCUUGUCUGCUUUCGCUGAGUGAACAGCAAUAACGCGUCUACAACAUGAAGCUGAUCUCGAUGGCUCUGGCCUUGGUGGUGGCCCUGGCAUGCCUGGUGAGCUGGACCAGCGCCAUGCCUGAGCCUGACCCCGUGGCUGACCCUGACCCCGUGGCUGACCCCGGCUACCGUCGCUUCGGUGGAUUGGGAUAUGGUGGAUACGGCUACGGAGGUCGUGGAUACGGAUACGGGGGCUUCGGAUACGGAGGAUACCGCGGUGGCUUUUACGGAUAAUAGGUUUCCGGCGACUCCCCAGAAGUAUAUGGAAUGACCACCUCGAGAUGACUGUUAAAAAAUUUCCUGCAUUUCCUCUCUAAUAAAGUAUAUGGAUGAAA